CAAUCAUAACUAUACGCCAGGUGAAAAAUAAGGACCGGGAAGCGAUUAAAAUGUUUUCAUUUAUGCCCUUAGCCAAUAGAGAACAAUUUUGCUAGCACCCCCAGCAAAUGGAAUGUAAGACUGCCGAUGGCUUAUCCAAUCAGAAUUGAGCAGGCGCUAUUUGCGAUAAAUGGGAAGUGCUAAGGAAAAGAUAAUAAUUAUAAGCCACAUAGUUGCAAGCAACAUAGUGAAGCGACCCAAAUUUUGAUUUAAAAGUUUUAGACUUGAAAAUUAUUUUUCGGAUUGAAAAUUCUCAGUUUUGGAGAGUCAAACUUCCCAGUCAAACUUCAAUUUACUUUCACAAAAGUUGUAAUAGAAAACUCUGCUGUCAACGCCAAUUCAAAUUUCUUAAAUUUUUCAAAAUUGUUGAAGUCAAUUUAGUAUUUCAGCUUUUCUUGCGAAGAGAAACUCUACGUCUAUCUGAGGACACAUUUCAAAAUGUACGAAAAUCUGUUCAUGACACCUGCUCUUCAAAACCCCACUUCAAUCCAUCCGCCCAACUUGGGUACACCGACGUGUCCCAUCUCGGGGUUGAAUUUAUCCAACGGAUCCCCUUCCCUCAACGAACUGGCUUCAAACCCGAUGUUUCCGGGUUUUGUUCAUGCCUCGCGACUUGGAGCCUCAAACAUUCCGAUACCACCUCUCGAGUCGCCCCUACCCCCAUGUUUCGUCCCGAGUUCAAUGUCGCCUCCAGUUACAAAUGGUACAAAUCCGGGGAACCUGGGUUCGAGGCCCGCUCAGAGCACUUGUCACGGAUGUAUGGCGCCGAUUGUUGACAAUGUUUACUUAUCAGUUGCAGAUUUCACCACUUGGCACGUACCUUGUUUGAGAUGCAGUGAUUGCAAUGUCGGACUUGACUCCGAGAAAAGUUGCUUCAUCAAAAUAGGAAAAUACCUCUGCAAGAAAUGCUACCAAAGGAGAUUCAAGUCGCCCUCUACCCCUUCGCCGGCUGUGUGUGCGCGAUGCAACAACAAAAUUCACGCCAAAGAAAUGGUGAUGCACGCGAAGGAAUUCGUAUAUCAUGUUUCAUGCUUUAAUUGCACGCAUUGCAGUCGGAUUUUGACCACCGGUGAUCACUUCGGCAUGAAAGACUCGUUAAUAUUCUGCCGACAACACUUCGAAAUGUUGUCGUCGCCGCCUCUGAAUUUACCCGGAGGCGGGUCGCAUAUUUCGCAUUCAACCGGGAACAACCCCCUCCACUCGGGACUGCAGCCCCCUCUUCCUCAGGAUUUCAAUCACCUCCCCCCUACAAGUGGAAAUCCACUUAGUGCAAUACAAUCAGGGUUCAAUAACCAGCCCCCUUGCUCACCAUUCAAUCAAGGUCACCUGUCUCAACUUCCGCUGGGGUUCCCGGGACCCGACGGAAUGCCCCCAAACGGAUACCCACUCCCCCAAGGAGACCCAAACGCAAUGAUGAAUCAUCCAAACCCUCCUCCUCCGAAGUCACAAAAAGGAAGACCGAAAAAGAAAAAACAGCCGCAGGAAGACGCAUUCCAGAAUCUAUACGCAAAUGAUUUCAACUCUGGGAUGCACGGAGCACCACACGACGCCGUUCUAGGCUUGUACAUGGCAGCCAAUAAUCCAAACGGGACUUCCCUGGAACAGCAGAACAGGACUAAAAGAGUGCGCACUAGUUUCAAGAACCAUCAGCUGCGAGUGCUGAAACAGUACUUCCAGUUGAAUCAUAACCCAGAUGCAAAAGAGCUAAAACAACUGUCGCAGAAAACUGGGCUGAGCAAACGGGUUCUACAGGUGUGGUUUCAAAAUGCGCGCGCCAAAUAUCGAAGACUGAUGAUGAAAAACCAGCAAAACGGAACCAACACAAAAUUCAGUCUGGAUGACGAAAUGCCAGAAGACCAGAACAUGAAAAUCAGCGAAUCCGACGAAGAGUUAGAUGACCACGAAUCGAAUAAAGAAUCAAACACGAACAACCCGAAUUCGCCCUCGGCCGAAUCCAUGUCGGAUUUCGGCGAAAUGCUUUCGCCCGACUUAUCACCCGAGGCGAACCCCAGCCCGACAGGCAGUUUCGGAAUGAGUCAUCCCGAUAAAUCGUUGAUAGACGAAUCUCUAAGCGGCAAUUCUAAUUUUUCCCUCCAAGACGCAGUUUUAAAUAAUUCGAAAUCGGAGCCAAUGGCUGCUUUUUGAACAAUUUUUUUUUGUAUUGGAAUGAAUUUAUAAAGCUCAGAAUUUGUCUUCAAAGCUAUCAAUGUCAUUAUUUCCUUUUACUAUGAUAAUAUUGUAAAUUA